GUAGUCGAUAGCGAGCGUUCAAGGGAAACAGAACAACGAUGCUUUUGAGUAAGGAACCGCCUGAUAUAGAAAAUAUUUUGGCCUUAAAUCCAAGAAUUAGAAAAUACGCAAAUUAUGUUCCCAGCAAUGACACAAAAAAGAUUAAAAAAAAAUGGAAAAGAAAUCAAGACAAGGAUUGUUCAACGUGCGAUUCAUUAAAUAAAAAUUUUGAUGAUAUUAAGCAUACAACGCUAAGUGAAAGGGGAGCACUGAAAGAAGCCUCCCGUUGUCUGAAAUGCGCUGACGCACCAUGCCAAAAAAGCUGCCCUACACAACUGGACAUCAAGACGUUCAUAACUAUGAUAUCUAACAAAAACUAUUAUGGAGCGGCAAAGGCAAUUUUAUCUGAUAAUCCAUUGGGUUUAACUUGUGGAAUGGUAUGUCCAACAUCAGAUUUAUGCGUUGGCAGUUGCAAUCUAGAAGCUAGUGAGGAGGGUGGCAUAAAUAUAGGAGGGCUACAACAAUUUGCUGUUGAAGCUUUCAAAAAGAUGCAUUUGAAACAAAUUCGUGAUCCUGCUGCUCCUGCUCUGGAAGAUCUAGAUGAUUCUUUUAGACAGCCUAUAGCUUUAGUUGGUUGUGGACCAGCAAGCAUUAGCUGUGCAACUUUCUUGGCAAGACUUGGUUACUCGAACGUAGUCAUUUAUGAAAAGAACGAUUUUGUGGGUGGUUUGAGCUCUUCGGAGAUUCCUCAAUUCCGUCUUCCUUUUGAUGCCGUAAAUUUUGAAAUAAAACUAAUGAAAGAUUUAGGCGUAAAAGUCGAACUGAAUAAACCGUUUUCGGCAUGCAAUGGACUAACACUUGAUAGUCUUAAAAAAAGUGGAAAUAAAGCUAUAUUUCUUGGUUUUGGUCUGCCAAACGCAAAAGUAAUUCCUCUUUUCGAAGGACUAUCAGAGAAAAAUGGUUUUUACACAUCGAAGAGCUUUCUUCCCCGUGUUUCAGCUGCUAGCAAGGCAGGGAUGUGUUCUUGCAAUUCCCAAUUGCCGUCUCUACGAGGAAACGUUGUAGUUUUGGGAGCUGGCGAUACAGCUUUUGAUUGUGCAACAUCAGCUCUAAGGUGUGGAGCUAAAAAAGUGUUUGUCGUUUUUCGUCGAGGGUUUACUAAUAUUAGAGCCGUACCCGAGGAAAUGGAUUUAGCAAAGGAGGAGAAAUGCGAGUUUAUGCCUUUCCUACUCCCUAAAAAAGUAGAAAGGAAAGGAGACAAAAUUUGGAGUCUAGAAUUUCAUCGAAAUGUGCAAAAUCCAGAUACUAACGAAUGGGAAGAGGAUGAUAGCCAAAUAGUUAAGCUACGCGUUGAUUAUAUUAUAUCUGCUUUUGGAUCUGGUUUAUUUGAUCAAGAAAUCACAAAGGCUCUUAGCCCUUUGAAUUUGAAUCGAUGGGGAUUACCUGUUGUUGACGAUAAAACAAUGACUACAAGUGAACAAGAUGUAUUUUGUGGAGGAGACUUGGCUGGUAUAGCUCAAACAACUGUUGAAAGUGUUAAUGAUGGUAAAAUCGCUGCUUGGAACAUGCAUCGUUAUCUUCAAAGAAUCGCAGGUAAAAAAGUUGUUACCGAGUCUCCUGAGCUACCUAAGUUUUAUACUGAUGUUGACAAAGUCAGUUUAUCUGUUGAAAUAUGUGGUAUUACCUUUGAAAAUCCGUUUGGUCUAGCAAGUGCUCCACCAACUACAACUUCAGCAAUGAUUCGACGCGCUUUUGAGGCUGGAUGGGGUUUCGCUCUAACCAAGACUUUUGGAUUAGAUAAAGAUUUAGUAACAAAUGUUUCACCACGUAUUGUUCGAGGUAGUACUAGCGGGCACAAUUAUGGACCAGGACAAGGCUCUUUUCUAAAUAUUGAGUUGAUAAGUGAAAAAACUGCUGCAUAUUGGUGUCGAUCUAUUACUGAACUAAAAAGAGACUUCCCUAAAAAAGUUAUAAUAGCUUCGAUAAUGUGUAGUUAUAACGAACAAGAUUGGGUUGAACUAGCGCAGAUGGCUGAGAAAGCUGGCGCCGAUUUACUGGAGCUAAAUUUAUCCUGUCCCCAUGGUAUGGGAGAGAGAGGUAUGGGUUUGGCAUGUGGUCAAGAUCCUGUAUUAGUAAAGAAUAUAUGUUUAUGGGUCCGAAAAUCGAUCAAAAUUCCUUUCUUUGCAAAAAUGACUCCGAAUAUAACAGAUAUUGUUGCUAUUGCUCGAGCAGCUAAAGAGGGAAAUGCAGAUGGUGUUACUGCAACUAAUACUGUAUCCGGUUUAAUGCAUUUGAAAUAUGAUAAUUCGGCUUGGCCCUCAGUUGGUAAAGAGAAGAGAACGACUUAUGGAGGAGUUUCUGGAAAUGCUAUUCGACCUAUUGCUCUUCGUGCCGUCUCAGCAAUUGCUCGCGCACUACCGGGCUUUCCUAUCUUGGCAACGGGUGGUAUAGAUUCUGCGGAUGUUGGCCUUCAGUUUAUUCAUGCUGGAGCUUCAGCCCUUCAGAUUUGUAGCGCUGUUCAAAACCAGGAUUUUACUCUAGCUACUGACUAUAUUCAGGGUCUGCAAACACUUCUCUACUUGCAUACGUUGGAACAUACAAAAUCCUGGGAAGGGCAAAGUGCUCCCUCUCAGCCACAUCAAAAAGGCAAAACGAAAAUCAUGACAAAUUUAUCCAUACCGUUUUUUGGAGACUAUGCCAAGGAGCGACUAGAAAAGAUGAAAAAAGAAAAUGAGAAAAAAGACUUACUUGACAAAAAGUACUUUCCUACUGAUAUUGAGAAUGCAAAACAGGUUUAUGAAAUACCAACCAUUCAGAGUAUGAUUGGAAGAGCUCUACCUCAUAUUGGAACUUACGGGGAUCUUGACAACAAACAGCAGAGCGUUGCUCUUAUAAAUGAUGAUAUGUGUAUCAAUUGUGGGAAAUGUUACAUGACUUGUAACGAUUCUGGAUACCAAGCAAUUACAUUUGAUCCUAAUACACAUAUUCCUCACGUGACAGAUGAUUGUACUGGCUGUACUCUAUGUGUAUCCGUUUGCCCAAUUCUCGAUUGCAUCUCAAUGGUUAACAGAGAAGGAAUAAAGCUUCCCAAUAGAGGCGUCGAACCUGGAAAAGUUAUAAAAUUAGAAGUUUAG